AAAGAUAAGAAACAACAAUACUUUUCUGCUGAUUUGAUUUGUUGAUUACAAAUCGCAAAACACUUAACUUAUUUUGCAGUAUUGUGAUUAUAGACCAUACCAAAGAACUUUUAAGCAAUUUGUUUCAAUUUGAAGUUUACAAAAUCAAUAAAAACUAAUUAAAAUGGCAAAGGAAACCAUGAUUGUGUUCGUUUACGACACAGAAUACUGCAAGGAUGAGACACACGAUCCAAUAAAUGCUGUCUUAUAUUUUCAUCCAAGCUGGGUGUCAGAUAUACAAAAGGUUGCCCUUUGUGGACAGCUUAUGGGAACUUCACAAUUUUUAAAACACUGUUUCUUUAGACCCAAAAUAAUAUCUUUACAAAAUGGAAAAUUUGUUUUUAGAGAAUUUGGAAGAUUUGUUGUGGCAAUUGGAACUGAUCGAAAUAUAUCGGAUUAUCUUUUAGAACAUCGUGCUAAUCUUCUUGCUUCUCUAGUGGGAUUUUUUCAUCGUGAUUUACAAACUAUAUAUGAUCAAUUUCCUUCGAACAAACAUCAUAGAAAUGUCUCAGAAAAAUUGUAUCACAUAUUCGGAACGUACCUUCCAAUUUUGCAAUAUAAUGGAAAUAUUUUCCAAAAUGUACCAAAACUUAGAAUUCCAAAGAUUGCCAGUAAUAUAUUUCUAGACGCCAUGCAUACCUUGCAAAAUUGCCAACAGACGAAAGGUGUUCUUGGCGGGGCCAUAUUAUAUCACAACAAAAUUGUUGUUUCCCAGCUGUCGGAUAGUGUGACAAAAAAUAUCGUUUUUACUGACCCCCAUCGCAUAAGGUCCACAGCUGAAAUGAUAACUGUUAACUUCCAUGUUCCUGUUGGAGUCCAAAUGAUUUUCGUUUACAUUCCUGUUGAUCACUUCAAUAAGCUAUCUGCCGACGCCUAUCGUUCACAAACUCUACAAACGCAACAUCUCUCAAACAACGCUAUGCAAAACCACUUUCAAAAGAGAAAAAUGAAAAGAGACCGAAGUAUCAUUUUCUCAAACAUACCUGAAGAACAUAGCUCCGAUCAAAUUGAACAUGUUGAACCAACCGUUGUUAAGACUAAAAAAAUCGCUUUGAGGCCAACCCAUUUACCAUUGCAAGAAGUGAUUCCAAAAGAUCUCAAAGAAAACGAAAAACCACCAAAAGAUAAGAACCACUAUCCAGAGUAUAUAGGUCGAACAAGUGUUUGUUCGACUCCUAUGACUGAAAACAAAAUUUUACAUGGCAAUGGUAUUAUGUCAAUCUGUGCAAAUCCAAAUGAAGAUUCAAACGCAUCAAAAACAAUACGUUCUUCAUUCAAAAUAGAUUUUGAUAAAAUGUUUAGUAAAUUUGUUAAUAAUUCCGAAAACAUGGAACGCCGAAAUUCUUUUACUGAUCUCCAGGAUUCAGUCAAAAAAAUUUCUAGAAAAUUCUCUCUGAAAAAAACUUUAAGUUCUUACAAAAUGGAUUUGAGUAGUCCCUCUAGCGAAAGAAGUGAAACAAUGCUGCGAGCAACAAGUGAUCCCAUGCAAUCGAAUCUUAGUGAUAAUGAUACUUUAGGUUCUAUUUUUGAUCAAUUUCUUCGUGAAUAUCGCAAGGAUUCUAAAAAGAAAACUGAACAAGAAGAAGCUGUUGAACUAGUUGAAGACACGAUACAAUGCAGCAAGAACCCAACUGCAGUUCAACUGGAUCUUAAUAACAUCCAAAUCGAGUGCGCUUCUGAUAUUGAUAAAAAUCAGCUUCCAAAAAAGCAUGAAUUUAAAACACCACUUGAUAAAAAGGCCUUAAGUCUUCCCCUGAAAACACACAGUGACUUUCAAGCGGAAAAUGUUAAUACACGUAGUACGACAUUUGAACGCAGAAGAAUGUCAGGUAUACAACUGACGCCUUUAAUGGCUAAGCUGUCAGUAUUGGCUUUCACAGAUGAAACGCAUACAGGAUAUAAUCGUCGUGAUAGUUUACAAGGACUUGAUUAUACAAUUCCUUCAGUGGAAAAAUGCGGAGGUAAAACAAAUGUUCAGAAAGAUCUCACAUCAACUGACACAAUGCAACAUUCAAAUGAAUUUCAAAAGGUUGAAUUAUAUAUUUGUGGUCAGCAAAAUAUGACUAUGUUUCUGCUGCUAGAAAAGGGUUCCACACAGAAGCAGGAAAUAGUCCAAACUAUGUUUGAUAAAUGCGUUGCAAAAUUAGGAAAAAUGGAAUCGCAUCUGUAUCAAACAUUAAACGUAAACAUGAUGGAAGGCGUGAGCGAAGGUAUAUAUAGCUUGAUUUGUCUUGAUUCCAAAUGGGAUACUGUUUUAAACCAUGGCCCUUGGACACCUCUCGAUCAAUCUUUUCUUGAACAUAUGCGUAUUGAUCUUAGUACUGGCCAACUUAUCACUGAUAUAUUUUUAAGAACUGGUGACUGCAUUUUAUACGGGUACAAAUCUGGCAGAACAGAAUUCUUUUUUAAAGAAAGUGCUCAUUAUUUUACUGGCAUCCCACCGCCAUCGGAUCCCAUGGGUACUAUCGCUAAACGUGCCAAAUCCCGUUUGGAAGAAGACUUUUCAAUAGUGCUUUUUUAAUUUAAAUACUUUUUUUAAAAACUUUAUAAAGUGGCCAAAGAUUCUAA